CCCGUGCUGGUAUCUGGUGUCCAUAAGAAGUUGAAGUCAGAGCUUUGGAAACCAGAAGCUUUCAGCCUGGAAUUUGGAGAUCAAGAUGUAGAUUUGGUGAACUGCAGGAACUGUGCCAUAAUUUCAGACGUGAAAGUGCGUGACUUCUGGGAUGGCUUUGAGAUAAUAUCUAAACGGCUCAGGUCAGAUGAUGGUCAGCCAAUGGUACUGAAGUUAAAGGACUGGCCCCCAGGGGAGGACUUCAGAGAUAUGAUGCCUACGAGGUUUGAGGAUUUGAUGGAAAAUCUUCCUCUUCCUGAAUAUACCAAGAGAGAUGGCAGACUGAAUUUGGCUUCUAGGCUGCCAAGCUACUUUGUCCGUCCUGACUUGGGUCCCAAAAUGUACAAUGCCUAUGGUUUAAUUACUGCAGAAGACAGACGAGUUGGUACCACAAACCUGCAUUUGGAUGUAUCUGAUGCUGUUAACGUCAUGGUGUAUGUUGGGAUUCCCAUUGGGGAAGGGACCCAUGAUGAUGAGGUUCUGAAAACAAUUGAUGAGGGAGACGCUGACGAUGUAACAAAGCAGCGAAUCCAUGAAGGAAGAGAGAAACCUGGAGCAUUGUGGCACAUCUAUGCUGCCAAGGAUGCUGAGAAGAUACGGGAACUUCUCCGGAAGGUUGGAGAGGAACAAGGCCAAGAAAAUCCUCCAGAUCACGACCCCAUUCAUGACCAAAGUUGGUACUUGGACCAGACCUUACGUAAGCGACUCUACGAUGAGUAUGGUGUGCAAGGCUGGGCAAUAGUGCAGUUCCUUGGCGAUGCCGUGUUCAUUCCUGCAGGUGCUCCCCAUCAGGUCCAUAAUUUGUACAGCUGCAUUAAAGUGGCAGAAGAUUUUGUAUCUCCAGAACACGUGAAGCACUGCUUCCGUCUGACCCAGGAGUUCAGGCACCUGUCUAAUACUCACACAAACCAUGAGGAUAAACUGCAGGUGAAGAAUAUUAUCUACCAUGCAGUGAAAGAUGCUGUUGGCACACUGAAAGCUCAUGAAUCCAAACUAGCUAGAUCGUAGGAAUUGCUAAUUCCAAAUGCCCUGUCAAGUAAGCCUUUUGCUCACGGUAUAUACAGGGACUGCACACGACUGCCUCUGCAGGAGCAGAGGCUUCUCACUGAGAGCUGGUGUGGUCAGUAUUACACACACUCUUCAGCCACUGUUUUCUGCGCUGCCUCAACACUGAAGGUCUAAUGGAAGGUCGCACUGUUACAUGCAGAAUUCCAGAUUCUAAAAGGUGCCAUGUCCCUUUCCUGUGGCCUUUUGCAAAUUGGAAGAACAUGGAAACCACUUGGUGUUCCUGCAUAUUAUGAUUAGAAAUGGUAUAAAGAGUGUGGAUGUUUUUUUCCCUCAUGCCUAGUUAGUCUCCACGAAGUUAGACGGAACGUGCUGGAGGUGGGUUGUCCUGCUGCAGACUGAGUUGAUAGCUGCUGAAAGAGUGGGACCAACAGUAGCCCAACUGCAGAAAUUCAAGCAAACUUCCCAUAUGAGAUACAGGCCAAGGAAAAGGAUAAAGCUAUUCUCUGCACUCCCCUUCUUGUAGCCGUUUCUCUAUACUCUGUAGAGUUGCAGAACUAAAGGGAGAACCCGUUUUUUCCCCUGGGAGACUCCAGAAAUAAGAGGAUUGUGUAUUUAGUGAAAAAGAAAUAGGUUUGUAGUGAAACGGUUAAUAUUUCAUGAAAGUAGAUAUUUUUAGUAUUUUUGAAGUACCACAACUGUUCCUGGAUUUUCAAGGAAAGGCGCAUUACAUUUAGUCUUCCUUUCAAUAAAAUCAAGAAAUGAUUUUUAGAAAGCAGUCCAAAACAGCACAAAAACAGCCAAAGGAGAGUUGAAUAGAAAUUGACACCCCACCUCCCUUGCCCAUGUUCCUCACCUAUCUUCCUCCCUCUCCCUAUGCCACCCUGCUUCCUCGGAAUGAGAAGUAGAAAAGAGUAUAAACUGUUCUCGUGGAGAUGUUGUACAUCUCUCCCUGCACUGGUGAAUGCAGGCAAUAGUUCACCCAAUACCAUUGCUAGCUGAAAACAUCUGUCCUUUCCAAAGUGAAGGAAAAGUUAACUUUCAGUGUCAACUUUGUCCAGAACUAUUUUAAGUAAAAUGUUCCUGCUUGAUAGAACUGUAUUCAGAAUUUACUAAUGUCAGCAUUGAUGCAAUGAAUUUCAUUGUCUGGGCACAUGGGGAAAUGUACUGCCCUUAUCUCCAGCUGUACUGCAGUGCCACUCGCAGGCCUGGUAAUAUGUUCACGGUUAUUUCAUUUUUAAAAAAAUAAAAGUCAUUUACUGUAA